UGACGGUACGAAGAUUACAAAGCCAUCACCUAUAAAUUAUGUUGAAGGUGAUGAAACCGAUGAUGGGAUUCCUUCGAAAGAAGCUAAUGACUAUAGCGACGAUGAUGAAGAGGCUUUACCUCCAGAAGACUCUCUUUCUUUUGCCCUUUCAAACUCAAAAGUUUGGACUUUGCCUUCGGGAAAAAACGUCGGUGACAUCUAUUCCAAAAAAAUAUCAGAAAACGCACGCACAGUAAAAAAUAAGAAAAGACUUACGGCAAUCGAAAAGGCUAUAUUGCGAUACGGCGCCUCGAGGAUAAUUGAUUUAUCCGCUCACAUGAAAAAGUGGUUUUGCGAAAACGACAAAAAGUUCAUUAAGAAAGACUACGAAUCUAUGUUGCGAGUUCCAGAAAUGACAGAAGAGGAGAAUUCAUUUGUUCUAAAAGUCAAGGAUAUGGUAUAUAAAGGACACGUAAGCCAGGCAUAUAAGUACUGUACGGAAAUCCAUUCAAGUUCAAUCGAAGAUAGUUACUUAUAUAAAAUAAGUAAAUAUAUGGAGAUUUGUGACAUUUACAAGAGCAAAGACCAAGAAGAUAUUUUAGAUUUUACCACAAAAAGUGCACACACAGAAUUAGACGUAAUCCUAAAAGCUUGUGCGUACAUUGUCGAGGGGCUUAACAAGAGCCUCACAAUUUAUCCAAGAUGGGGCGAAUCAUUUUGUCCCUUAAGUAGAAGUGCGGAUUAUAUUAAUGGGCGCAAAUGUGACGUUCGUUUCAUGACAAUAUUAGGAGUCGAUGUGGGAGAAUGGGAGUUUUCCGCCAAGGCUACAGCAACAAAAAAGAUUGGUGAUCGUUGUCGUUCGGCCAGAAUAAACCAAUCUAUAUUGAAUGGUUUAUUAGAAUACAAUCUCGAUGACAAUCAGGUCAAGGAUAUCCGAGUUCCUUUCUUACAAUUUGCCGGAACAAACGGACAAUUAUUGAUUGAAGACCUGAUGGAAGGUUUUUAUGUCGUUUUACCCGGACCUAAAUUUGAGUUACCGACGAAACUCAAGAGUAUUGGAAAAUUAAAGACAUGUAUUGGCGUAAUUAAAUUAGUUAUGGAAAUGUAUGUCAAAACAUGCAAAACAAUAGAAAAUGUAGAAACAUCACAUAACGAUUUCGAUGAUAUUUUCGAUGUUGAUGUUGAUGAUGAAGACAAGUCUAUCACUCAUAAUAAUAAUAAAUACAAUUAUAUUUGUAAACCGUGGUGGAACCCUAAAAAAAGUAAUAGUCCGUAAUUUCUUAGGGUGCAUUUUAUUGCUAUCUGCUUUGCUUUUCUCAGAAUUCUUCUUCCGUGCAAGUAAACUUUGUUUUUAUCUUUUGAAACUUAGAAUUCUUUCUUUUUCUAUGCUUUUUGCUUAUAUCACGUCUGAAUACCUACUUUUUUUCUAAUAUGUAUAUCAAUCAAAAUUAAUAAAUUUUUAA